AUGGCGGGGAAGAUGACUCUGUACAAACUGGUGGUUCUGGGUGACGGCGGCGUGGGCAAAACAGCCUUGACCAUCCAGCUCUGUCUGAACCACUUUGUGGAAACAUAUGACCCGACCAUUGAGGACUCGUACCGUAAACAGGUGCAGAUCGACGGCCAGUCGUGCAUGCUCGAAGUGCUCGACACGGCCGGCCAGGAAGAGUAUAUUGCACUCCGCGACCAGUGGAUACGUGACGGCGAGGGCUUCGUCCUUGUCUACAGCAUAUCAUCGCGCUCGUCCUUCGCUCGCAUCCAGCGCUUUCACAACCAGAUUCAACGCGUCAAGGAAUCGUCCCUCUCAGGCUCACCAACCUAUCCCGGCUCACCCUUGACUGCCUCGUCACUCGGCUCUACCUUCGGCGCCGCCCCUGUCAUGCUGGUGGGAAACAAAUGUGAUCGCGUGACAGAACGUGAAGUAUCAACACAAGAGGGCAGUGCCCUGGCUAAAGAGUUGGGCUGUGAGUUUGUAGAGGCGUCCGCUAAGAAUUGCGUCAAUGUCGAAAAGGCCUUCUUCGACGUCGUGCGCCAACUACGCAAGCAACGACACCAGGGCUCAAGCCGUGACUCCAAGCCGCCCCGCGAUCGUACUCAUGUCCGUCCCGGCCCUACUCGCACGGCCAACGGCGAGAAAGCUCGUGGCAGAGGACGUCCCGGGCCUCGCGACAAGAAGGGUCCUAAAUGUGUCAUUCUUUGA